UACUCUAGCAGCGCCGUUGGAGUGGGCGGGAGAAGAGGGCCGGCCAAAGGUGACGCCGUGGCUGCGGAGGUGCGGUACUCCGCGGCGCGGCGGGCGGUGGAUGGCGGCGGGAUGGAGCGCGAGGGGAGCGGCGGUGGCGGCGGCUCAGCCGGGCUCCUGCAGCAGAUCCUCAGCCUGAAGCUCGUGCCGCGGGUGGGCAACGGGACCCUGUGCCCCAACUCCACUUCGCUCUGCUCCUUCCCAGAGAUGUGGUAUGGUGUGUUCCUGUGGGCACUGAUGUCCUCUGUGUUCUUUCAUGUCCCUGCCGGACUGCUGGCCCUCUUCACCCUCAGACACCACAAAUAUGGUGCAGCAAUUGCUGGCGUCUACCGAGCGGCAGGGAAGGAAAUGAUCCCCUUUGAAGCCCUCACCCUGGGCACCGGGCAGACGUUCUGUGUAGUGGUAGUCUCUUUUUUACGGGUUUUAGCUACUCUAUAGCCUCCGCCCUUUCACUGUGAUGGCGUCCCUGAGUUUUAUAGACUCUCCUCAAAAGGAAUGGACAGUGUCAUGGUUUCUUCUUUCCUCAAAUGGAACCAGCUAGAAGGUGUGAGAGUGUGAAGACCACCACAACCCUUUCCUCUAGUUGAAGCUCCAGAAAUUGAAGACCCUGUGGACGCCCGUCAUCCUCCUUGGCAUUUCCUCUCUUGAGGCAACUUAAGUUUUACAGGCGCACACUUUCACCUAAGCCAGCAAUGCCUUGGAGUCUGCGUCCUUCCUGUGCAAGAAUGUAUCAUUGCCGUUUCCUAGCAACAGUGGAGAUUGCUGCUUGAUUUCAAGGGGGCAGGCUACACUCUACUGAGAGCUUAGCCAAGCUGGCUUGGGUUGGUUGAGAACAAACUGCUGGAAUGUAACAGGAAGAAGAACUGAAGUAGCGUUCAAAGCAACAGCUUUGGUUCCACUGUCAAAAGUAGGUGACCACUGAGAAUGUGACAUGUUAUGGAUAACUAUCUUGACCUCUGAUUAUUUAAUAUAUUUCAAGAGAUGUGAAUUUAUCAUUUGAUCAAAAUAAGCUAGCUAAUUGAGGGUUUUUUGUUUGUUUGUUUGUUUGUUGUUGUUUUUGUUUUGUUUUGUUUUCUUUUAAAGACAUGAAGUCUUGCUUUGUUGCCCAGGCUGGUCCAAACUCCUGGGCUCAAGGCAUCCUCCUGCCUCAGCCUCCUGAGUAGCUGGGACAAUAGGCAUCACUAUCGUGCCUAAUCGAGGUUCUUUUUCCCAAAGAAUGUCCCUGACACCUUGUCAUCUUUAACACUAUCCAUUUUAUUUACCGUCUCUGAAAACACACAGACUUUCUUCAGUGGCUUGACUGACUUGAACUUCAAAACCAAUUAGGCUGGGACACUCUUUGGACAUUCGGGCACAGAUAAGAUGCUUGCAGGAUCCUGUUAGGGUUUUUCUUGCUGGUUCCGUUGAUUGGAUGAGCCUGUGCUCGUGCAGUGUGCUGAGGGGUCAGUGGCUAUUGGUUUUCCUCACACUAUGUUUACCUAGCAGUGGCUCCUUAGCCCGCUCAUUCUUGCAGUAUUUGCAUAUCCAUUCCCAGAAAGUGCCUAACACUUCCUCUUCAGAUAGAACCCCUCCGGCCUUCUUAUUUUUCUUCCAGAGAAUUGAUAUCCUUAAAGAGUAGUAGUAGUUUUUAACUCAAUUUCUAGCUAUUUUAAUGUUUACCUCUACUUCCUAACUUUGUUUUUCCUUAAAAAGGCCUCCAAACUGUACCUUUGGAAGGAAAGGGGGUACAGAGCCUAAGCACCUGUCAUCAAUCCAGUGGUUUUGUAUAAACUACAAUAAAAUACAACAGCCGUGUUGUAACCUGUUUUCAAAGUAGCUUCUGGUGAUGAACUGACAGUUUUAAAAGAAAAUUUUCAUUGUGAGAUUAAGGCUCCCAACCUAUGAGGAAAUAAAUUUAUCUUAAAGCAAUAUGCGCUCCGCUUCUGGUUAAAUAGUAGCCAGGAGGGGCUGGCAAGAUCAUUCAGCAUGAAAGGUAGUUCUCAGGGUCCACGUGUUAGAUGGUGAGAACCAACUCCUGCCGUCGCCUCUGCUCUCUACAUGCUGUUCACGUCACACAUAAAUAAAAUUUCUUUUUAAAUAUCCAAGACUCUCUGUGGGCACUUGCACCCAUAUGCACAUAACUUCCUGUCCUCCACGUACACAUGAUUUUAAAAUUUGAUAAAACAGCCAAGCAGAUCAAUUUGCCCAGUAAUGGCAUCAGGGGAAACUGCAGGGAUGGCUCCAAAAAUAAUUGGCUCUUUCCUUUUGACCACCACUUGUCAAAACUGUAGUGACGAUCAGAUUUGGUGGGCAACUAAAAUGCAAAUAAAUGGCUCUUCCUAUCCCCCAGCAAAAAGAGCAAAUCUUUCUUCCAAGGAAAGAUUUCCAUUUUCAGUCUGAGAGACUUUGAAUUUGGAAAACAUCCUUCAGCUGGAGAAACUGGAAUAUUGUACCGGGCCUUGUGGGCGCGGAUGGCAUCACUGGAAGGAUGUGGGAUGUAAUUUUACACACUAAGCACAUAGGUGAAUAGGUGGUUGGCUGUUCCCCUAAACAAUAACUCGUGAACGUAUUCAUCCAUGAAUAUUUGUGUUUCUAAUCAAGACACACAAGUUCGGGUGUUUUUGUUUCUGUAUGUUUCAACGGCUCUAAAAACAAACACUUGAACUUGAAAUGUAUCUUCAAAUUACUUAGUGUUUUAUCUAUCCCAAUAUGUGUGAAGCAUUCUUUUUUUGGGGGUGUGUGUGUGUGGUUUUUCUGGUUUUUUUUUUUUUUUUUUUUUUUUUUUGGAGACAGGUUUCUCUGUGUGAAAACUUUGGCUGUCCUGGACCCACUUUGUGGAUCAGGCUGGCCUCGAACUCACACAGAAGAUCCACCUGCCUCUGCCUCCCAAGUGCUGAGACUAAACACAUGCACCACCAAGCCGAGCUGUGUGAAGUAUUCUUUUGUGGAUAAAUGUACAUAGAGUCUAUAGACUGAGCUCUGUGGCUUGAAAUGUUUUCAGGAAGAAACCAUUUGAAUGAUAAAGAGUGUGUUCCACUUGGACGCUGUUUCUGCUGUCUCUCUUGCUCUUCUUGUUUCAAACUCGAGUUGUUUGCCACAGUUUAUUUUGAACACAUCACCUUGAGGAAUUUCCUCCCAGUAAGGACUUUCUUGGACCAUGAUUCCUGCAUCUGAGUCUCCCUUCUCAUCCUAAGUUCUGAGAUAGAGAGGCAACCUCCAACCAAAAGCUGAUUUCUUGAUGCCUUAGUGGGAUUUUGAGGUUAAAAUUAAGUUCCUGUGUAAAAGCGUAAUGCUUAUGAGCAAGAUGCUUCUCUGGGCUGCACACUUCCUUUGCAGCAAGAUUUCACUUAGGAAAUGCAGGAAGUGGCGAGCCAGCAGUUCAUGCAAGUAAUAGUGUCCAUCCUUCCUGCGUCCUUUAGGUUUUUAAAUUGUAUGUUGGCUUUUGAUUCCAAUGUCUUUUAUGACUGCCCUGGUUUCCUGUAAGUUAUUGUGACAGCCGGGACAUGCCAACCUUCCCUGAGGAACUCUUUCCUGGAAUGUGAAGCCCUGGUGCCAUUAAUGGUCCACGCGCAGAAGGUUUUGUGAACUUGUAUUUCUUUCUUGUGUACUGUGUAGGGCUGGUUAUGACCAAAAUCAGUUUAACUUUUUAUAUUAGGUUAUUGCACUUAACUGCUAUAGUCAAAAUGAUCAAAUCUUUGUACAUUAGAGAUUUAUUUAAAUAUUAUUUUUCUACUGACAUUUCUAAUGCUAGUAUAAAUGUUUAUUAUCAAUAAAGAAUUACUUUAAA